GGUUCCUGGAGGGGGAGCAUCCUCAACCUUGCAGGCCCCCUUCACAGGCGCACUCCCGGCCUCCCCGUCUUCUGUCCCCUGUUCUUGUUGAAGUAUGAUUGGUAUACAGUUCACAGCCACCGUUUGGAGUGUUCUCCACACUAAGGAUACAGAACAUGUCCCUCGUCCUCCCCAAACUCCCAGCCAGGCUGUCACGAAGAGGGAGGCGGCCGACGGGGCAGGGCCUUGCACUCCCUGCGUGUGGGGUCCACCGGGGUCGUCACCGUGUUGGUGGCUCCUUCCUCUCAUGCCAGGUGGGUCCCCCUGCCUGGAGGUGCCCGUGGAUCUGCUCACUGCCUGCUCUUUGGGUUGUUUCCCGUGUGGGGUGAUGAAGAAGGCCAGUACAGACACUCGCCAGCAGGUCUCUGGGUGAACAGGUAUUUAUUUCUCCUUCUUGAGGGCAGAUCCUGGGAGUGGGGUGCCGGGCUGUCCGGGGAGAGUAUGCUUCUGUUUCUAAGGAGCUGCCGGUGUUCUCAGCGUGCUGCACCGUGUCACGGCCCCUCUGUGCAUCUGCUGGUGGCCAGGCCUCUAGACUCAGGAAACCUCCUUCUCAGCGGCCCUCCCCGCCGGGUGGUCAGGCCGUCUGUGCCCUUCUGGGGGCAGACCUCAGCGCCGGAGGUGGGAGGAGGCCCAGAUCCCAGUGCAGCCCGCCAGCAUCGCUCUGCUUCCCUCGGCAUUCACAGCUGGAGAAAGGGCAAGGAGCGCUGGCCGCAGCCCCACCUGGAGGACGCCCUUCGACGGCAGCAGGUGCUCAGAGGUGGCCCCGGGGCAGCAUUCCCCAGACUCACAGGCCAGUGCUUUCUCCCCAGGACGCCACUGUGUCUGGGGACCCGAGUCCUGCAGCACGGUCGGGAGCGGCUGUGGCCAGAUUCCGGCCUGCACCCUUGGCUCCAGCCACCACCCCUGUUUGUCAAGGGGUUUUUGUCUUCCGAGCCGCCGAGGAGGGGGUCUUUUGUCUGCAGUGUCACGGAAGUGCCAUAAAGAGGGGCCCACAGUGGGAGCUUUAUAACAUUGGUGCGGAGGGCUGUAACAGGUCAGGGAGGCACUUGAGGGAGCCUUCUAGGGCGAUGGAGAUGUUCUAAAAUUUGGUCUGGGUACAGGCUACAGAGAUAUAUGUGUGUGUGUGUGUGUGUGUAAAACCCUCGAGCCACACGUGUGAAGUCUGUGCACGUGACUGUACACAUGAGACCUCGGUGGAAAGCAGCCACCUGCUCUGACUGCACCUGUGGAUUUCCAGCUCCUGCCCUCAGGCGGCCCUGCGGCCCGCUGGCUGACGCCCGCCCGCCCCCGCUGUGGGGGGAGGUGGGGGCUGAUGAUUUGCAUGCCCUGUCGGUCCAGCGGCCUCCCUUGCGUGGAGGUCCCGAAGCACCUGGAGCACCGCCGGCAGAACAGCGGACUCCCGCCUGCCUCCCUGCCUCCGGCCAUGGCCUGCCCGCCUCUGGCCCUCUUUCUGCUCGGGGCCCUCCUGGCAGCCUCCCAGCCAGCCCUGACCAAGCCAGAAGCACUGCUGGUCUUCCCAGGCCAAGUGGCCCAACUGUCCUGCACGAUCAGCCCCCAUUACGCCAUCGUCGGGGACCUCGGCGUGUCCUGGUAUCAGCAGCGAGCAGGCAGCGCCCCCCGCCUGCUCCUCUACUACCGCUCAGAGGAGCACCAACACCGGGCCCCCGGCAUCCCGGACCGCUUCUCCGCAGCUGCGGAUGCAGCCCACAACACCUGCAUCCUGACCAUCAGCCCUGUGCAGCCCGAAGAUGACGCCGAUUAUUACUGCUUUGUGGGCAACUUAUUCUAGGGGUGUGGGAUGAGUGCCUUCCAUCUGCCUGCCACUUCUACUCCUGACCUUGGGACCCUCUCUCUGAGCCUCAGUUUUCCUCCUCUGUGAAAUGGGUUAAUAACACUCACCAUGUCAACAAUAA